CCCUAUUUUGGCUUCCCUUGUUCUCAUUAGAAAAAGUAGUCGUUGAAGAAAUCCGCCAUCAUCCAAUAAAGCGUUAAAUUAACCGAGUUCACGUGAAUAUAUUUUUAAAGAGGAAAUCUUCACAAGCUUGUAUGACUACCGAGAGUAUCCAGAAUUUAAAAGGGGCAUUUGAUCCUUUUGCUGAAAGUGGUGAAAAUGAGGUUGGUAGUAAUAAAGUUCAAGAAGGAUUAAUCCAUAUUCGAAUUCAACAGAGAAACGGCAGAAAAACUUUAACAACCGUCCAAGGAAUUCACCCAAAAUACGACCUUAAAAAGAUUGUUAAAGCUUGUAAAAAGCAAUAUGCGUGUAAUGGUACUGUAAGUAUUAACCCAGAGUACGGAGAGUGUAUUCAACUUCAGGGAGAUCAGAGAGAAAAAAUAAAAGAAUUCAUGAUGCAAGUAGGUCUAGCUAGACCAGAACAAAUUAAGGUCCAUGGUUUCUAAAUAUUGAAAGAAAGAUAUAAAACUUCUCAACUGUCGAGUUAUUUAAAACUAGAAUGUUAUCACUCUAAUGUUGUAACCAUGUAUAUAUAUUUUGUCGAUGUUUUCGUGUUAGUUGGGGUUUAUUCGACUCCCCGAGUCUUCAAUCUGUAAAUCUGUAAUUCUCUUUAUAUAGCAAUAUUUUCACUUUCAACUAUUCCUGUUAAUUAGAUUAUUGAUCAGGUCUAAUAUGUAAUAAUUUAUCUAAAAACUACAAAAUAAGAAAAUCAAAAAUAGUUCAUUUUAGUGCUGUCUGAAAAAAAAAAUUAUGUUUUCGUUACCAAAUUUCUAAUCCUCUUAACCCAAAAAUCUUUGCAUUUCUAAAUAUUUGAAUUUUUUGUCCAUUUUGUUGGGGACAAUUAUUUUAUAUAUAAAUUGUAUGAAGGUAAAUAUGAAAUUAUAACAUAAACACUAAUUACCUUUUUGUCAAUUUUAGUAUUUUGUAUGUGUAUAAAUAAAUUUUUAUUCCUUAUGUUAAUAUU